AUGUCUAUUCCGUUCUCCACUCGCCAGGUCACCUUCGGUCGCUCCGUCCCCGCCCAGCCCCAGCAGUACCAGCAGAGCCAGCCCCAGCCGUAUGGCCAGUCGCAGCCUCAGUCGCAGCAGGCCAACGGCCUCGCUCUCCCCUACUCCAACAACCCAUACCUUCCCGGCCCCGGUCCGAGUCUCGCGCUCCCGGGACCCGCCCCUCCCAUCUACCCAUCUCAACCCCAACCAACGCACGCUGCCCAGUCCCAGCAGUCGCAACCCUCCCAAUCCCAACCUCCUACCAUCGCCAGCACCUCACAGCCGAUCGCGGGCCCCUCUUCCCCGUCGUCAGCCGUCCCCGCCACCCCCGCACCCCUCACUCUUGAGCAGCAACACAUCACAGCUGUCGACGGUAUCGUCCCCACUCUUCAGAACAUCGUCGCGACCGUCAACCUCGAUUGCCGGCUGGACUUGAAGACCAUCGCGCUGCAUGCGCGGAAUGCCGAGUACAAUCCAAAGCGUUUUGCGGCGGUCAUCAUGCGUAUCCGUGACCCAAAGACGACCGCCCUCAUCUUCGCCUCGGGCAAGAUGGUCGUCACCGGUGCGAAGUCAGAAGACGACUCGCGCCUGGCGUCGCGCAAAUACGCGCGUAUCGUGCAGAAGCUUGGCUUCGACGCCAAGUUUUCUGAGUUCAAGAUCCAGAACAUCGUCGGCUCGUGUGAUGUGAAGUUCCCCAUCCGCUUGGAGGGUCUCGCAUACAGCCACGGUCAGUUCAGCUCGUAUGAACCUGAGCUCUUCCCGGGUUUGAUCUACCGCAUGAUCAAGCCGAAGGUUGUGCUUUUGAUCUUCGUCUCUGGCAAGAUCGUGUUGACUGGUCCGAGAAGAAAUCUACACCGCUUCAACACCAUCUACACUGUGCUUGUCGAAUUCCGGAAGCCGUGA